AACUCAACAUAGACUAGAAUCAUUUUCUCGUUUCCGCAGUGAGUCUGACCUACUUACACAAAUUCGGCGAAAAAUGCCUUACCAACGCAACUGUGAACUCCCCUAUUUCAAUUUGUUUACUAGUUCACUGAUGUUGGUCGUUGAUUACGUGCAACGCGCGAAACUGAUGGUAACGAAUGGCCACGUAUAAAACCCGUUAUUCCAUCCCCGCAUUCAAAUCUACCUACUCUCUCCAUGAAGGACAAAUCAGUAACAAUUGAGCAACACCUUCAGAGUCAUCCGGCUCAGACCACAACUUGGGUGGAAUACCUUCCUUCCAACAUACGUCCUUACUUUUAUCUGGCACGAGCUCACAGGCCCGCUGCCAGCGGAACACUUUUGCUGUUCUAUCCAUGCGCAUGGUCGGUCACCAUGACCUGCUACGCACUCAGUGCGCCGAUCACGACGGUAUGGACCUAUCUUGGAUUUUUCCUUGUAGCCUCCCAAUUGUUCUGCGCCGCUGGGUGUGUGAUCGACGACAUGUAUGACAAAGACAUUGACGCUGCUACUUCACGAACACGCGCCAGACCCUUGGCUGCGGGUGAUCUCUCGAUGUUUCAAGCUUUCAUCUUCCUUAUUCUGCACUUGGCUCUUGGCAUCUGGGUGUUGAUGCAAUUAAACGAAUACAGCUUGGUUCUUGGACUGUCUUCCCUGGGUUUACUUGUAUUGUAUCCUGCCACGAAGCGGGUAACCAACUGGCCGCAAGCUGUGCUUGGCAUGUGCUUCAGCUGGGGAGCACUCUUGGGAACAGCUUCUGUCGCUGGAGCAGUUGACUGGCAUGUGUAUAUGCCUUUAUACAUGGGGGGUGUAUGCUGGACAAUCGUGUACGAUACUUCUUACGCCUGCCAAGACAGAGACGAAGAUAUCAUAAAUGGCGUCCACUCGACCACGAUUAUCUUUGGAGACCAUAUCAGAUCUAUUCUCUUUAUGUUCACCUUCGUCGCUUGUUCUUUGGUAUCGUACGCCGGGAUCCUCAAUGGACAUGGCUUCCCAUAUUUCAUUGGUGUGGCCGUCGGGGCAUUUCACCUUGUCCGACUCCUCGCCAGGAUUGACUUCGAAAAUAAGGAGAGUUGUGAUGCUAGUCUCUCCAGCAACGCUUGGUUUGGCUUCUGGGUCUGGUUGGGAGCUAUGACCGACUAUGUCUUAAAGUCGUAGAUGCUAGACUCGAUAACUUUUAAUUUCCCUCCCUAAAUACCUUUUUACCUUCCGAGAUUAUCUCUUGCUCAUGCCAUGAUCGUCGUACAAACCCUGACUCCCACUUUCUCUUUUAACCUGUAGCCGUCACACUUUGCUAGUCAUUAAUCAGGCAUAUGAACCUGAAGAGUAUGUCAAGAGUAAGACUCGAGAGAAGGGCCUAGCUGUGCUGGUAGGAACCUUGUUUACCGGUUUGAGUGUGUAGCACACUGCACGAAAUUCCGUCGGAAGAGUUCACACCC